CGCUCGCCGCAAAUCUCGCGAGAGGUCCAAGCCGCAGGGCCAACAUGGCGGAAGAAGAAGUGGCCAAAUUGGAGAAACACUUGAUGCUUCUCCGUCAGGAAUAUGUCAAGCUGCAGAAGAAGCUUACCGAGACGGAGAGAAGGUGCACCCUCCUGGCUGCUCAGUCAAACAAAGAGAAUGCCAGUGACUCCUUCAUCAGUCGGCUGCUUGCCAUUGUAGCUGAGCUGUAUGGGCAGGAGCAGUACAGUGACCUGAAGAUAAAGGUUGGAGACAAGUGUAUCAGCGCUCACAAAUUUGUAUUGGCAGCUCGCAGCGAGGCUUGGAGUCUGGCCAACCUGGUGUCGACUGAGGAGCUGGAUCUGUCAGAUGCUGACCCCGAGGUAACCAUGGCGAUGCUGCGCUGGAUCUAUACGGAUGAACUGGAGCUGAGAGAAGACGAUGUGUUCCUGACGGAGCUGAUGAAACUGGCAAACAGGUUUCAGCUGCAGCUCCUCAGGGAAAGAUGUGAGAAGGGAGUCAUGUCACUAGUUAACGUCAGAAACUGCAUCCGCUUUUAUCAGACUGCCGAGGAGCUGAAUGCCAGCACUUUAAUGAACUACUGUGCCGAGAUCAUUGCCAGUCACUGGGACGACUUGAGGAAAGAGGACUUCAGCAGCAUGAGUGCUCAGCUCUUGUACAAGAUGAUCAAGUCCAAAACUGAAUUUCCUUUGCACAAAGCUAUUAAAGUGGAGAGGGAAGAUGUUGUUUUCCUGUACCUUAUCGAAAUGGAUUCACAGCUACCUGGGAAGCUCAAUGAGCUCGAUCAUAAUGGCGACCUGGCUUUAGGCCUGGCGCUCUCUCGAAGACUGGAAAGCAUUGCGACUACGCUGGUCAGUCACAAAGCAGAUGUUGACAUGGUGGACAAGAGAGGCUGGAGUCUGCUGCAUAAAGCUAUUCAGAGGGGAGAUAAGUUUGCCGCUCACUUCCUUGUUAAGAACGGUGCCCGGGUGAAUGCUGCAACACUGGGAGACCAGGAGACUCCCCUGCACCUGGUGGCUUCCUACAACCCCAAGAAGCACACGCCGGAUGUCAUGGCAGAGAUGGCGCAGAUUGCAGAGUGCCUCCUAAAGGCAGGAGCCAAUCCGAACAUGCAAGACAUCCAAGGAAGGACUCCAUUGCACGCCUCCAUUAUCGUGAAGAAUGACCAAGUGUUUAGCCAGCUGCUCCAGUGCAAACAGCUUGAUUUGGAACUGAAGGACCACGAGGGAAGCACUGCUCUGUGGCUUGCAGUUCAGUAUAUCACCGUCUCUUCAGACCCGUCUGUAAACCCCUUUGAGGAUGUCCCAGUGGAGAACGGCACCUCCUUUGACGAGAACAGCUUUGCAGCCAGGCUUAUCCAGCGUGGCAGCAACACAGACGCUCCUGAUACAGUCACAGGAAUCUGCUUGCUGCAGAGGGCAGCUGGGGCAGGAAACGAGGCUGCAGCGCUUUUCCUGGCCACUCAUGGUGCCAAAGUUAACCACAGGAACAAAUGGGGAGAAACGCCGCUGCACACAGCCUGUCGAAAUGGUCUGGCCAACCUCACAGCAGAGUUGUUGCAGCAAGGAGCUAACCCCAACAUCCAGACAGAGAAAGCGGUGCCUGCCCAGAAAGGGGCAACUGUCCCAAGCACAGCAGAUAAUAUCUAUUUGCAGACUCCCCUUCAUAUGGCAAUAGCGUAUAACCACCCAGAUGUGGUGUCAGUCAUACUGGAACAAAAAGCUAAUGCCCUUCAUGCCACCAACAACUUGCAGAUCAUUCCUGACUUCAGUCUCAAGGACUCCAGAGACCAAACAGUAUUGGGGCUGGCAUUAUGGACAGGCAUGCACAUCAUAGCGGCUCAGCUCCUCGGAUCCGGGGCCUCUAUCAAUGACACCAUGUCAGAUGGGCAAACUCUGUUGCACAUGGCAAUCCAGAGGCAGGACAGCAAGAGCGCCCUCUUCCUGUUGGAACAUCAAGCCGAUAUCAACAUCAGGACGCAGGAUGGAGAGACGGCCCUUCAGCUGGCCAUCAAAAACCAGCUUCCGCUCGUGGUCGAUGCGAUCUGCACAAGGGGAGCAGACAUGUCCGUGCCAGAUGACAAAGGCAAUCCUCCGCUCUGGCUCGCGUUAGAGAACGACCUGGAAGAUAUCGCCUCGACUCUGGUAAGACACGGCUGCGAUGCAACUUGCUGGGGUCCGGGGCCAGGCGGAUGUUUACAGACCCUCCUUCACAGAGCCAUUGAUGAGAACAACGAACAGAUCUCCUGCUUCCUGAUCCGCAGUGGCUGCGAUGUCAACAGCCCAAGGCAGCCGGGUGCCAACGGAGAGGGGGACGAGGAGGCCCAUGAUGGGCAGUCACCGUUGCACUUGGCAGCUUGUUGGGGCCUCGAAGAGGUGGUGCAGUGCCUUCUAGAGUUUGGCGCCAAUGUGAACGCACAGGAUGCAGAAGGGAGAACUCCCAUCCACGUUGCCAUUAUCAAUCAGCACGCUGUCAUCAUCCAGCUGCUGAUCUCUCACCCCGACAUCCAUCUCAACAUGCGUGACCGGCAAGGCAUGACUCCUUUUGCGUGUGCGAUGACUUACAAAAAUAACAAGGCGGCCGAAGCAAUCCUGAAGCGGGAGCCGGGAGCUGCUGAGCAGAUGGACAACAAAGGCCGGAAUUUCCUCCACGUGGCUGUUCAGAAUUCUGACAUUGAGAGUGUGCUGUUCCUGAUCAGCGUCCAAGCGAAUGUGAACUCCAGGGUCCAGGAUGCCUCCAAGCUCACGCCGUUACAUCUCGCUGUACAAGCUGGCUCGGAAAUCAUUGUGCGCAAUCUGCUGCUUGCAGGGGCCAAGGUCAACGAGCUGAACAAGCACCGCCAGACGGCCCUCCAUCUUGCUGCCCAGCAAGACCUUCCCACAAUUUGCUCAGUCCUUCUGGAGAACGGGGUAGACUUUUCAGCCGUGGAUGAAAAUGGGAACAACGCCCUCCAUCUGGCAGUGAUGCAGGGGCGUCUGAACAACAUCCGUGUCCUCCUGACAGAAUGCUCUGUGGAUGCAGAAGCCUUUAACGUCAGAGGUCAGUCUCCGAUGCACAUUCUGGGGCAGUAUGGGAAAGACAACGCGGCAGCCAUCUUUGACCUCUUUUUGGAAUGCAUGCCGGAGUACCCUCUUGACAAACCAGAUGCUGAAGGGAACACAGUGCUUCUCCUGGCCUACAUGAAGGGAAAUGCCAACUUGUGCCGGGCCAUCGUGCGAGCUGGGGCACGCCUGGGAGUCAACAACAACCAGGGGGUCAACAUCUUCAACUAUCAAGUUGCCACAAAACAGCUUCUCUUCCGGCUCUUAGAUAUGCUGUCCAAGGAACCUCCCUGGUGUGAUGGCUCAAAUUGCUAUGAAUGCAUUGCCAAGUUCGGGGUCACGACAAGGAAGCAUCACUGCCGGCACUGUGGGCGUUUGCUGUGCCACAAGUGCUCGACCAAGGAGAUCCCCAUCAUCAAGUUCGACCUGAACAAGCCGGUCCGCGUCUGCAACAUCUGCUUUGACGUCCUGACGCUGGGCGGAGUCUCCUAGUGUGGCCUGCAGGAAGGG